AUGUUUGAUAUCGUAUCAAACCACAAGAUAGUAGGGUUCCCCGAUGGUAAUAUCAUAAGUCUAUGUCCCACUAUCGACUUACUUGUCAUCUCCAUGAAUAAAAUGUCCAUAUGGGUGUUCAGAUUAAACGGAGAAAGGGUGUAUUCUGUCAAUAACAAAUCUCCCAUAAUUGAUUUGUGUUGGAGUCCUGAUGGGAAAUACUUUGCUGUUAGUGGUAUAGAUAACAAAGUGAAGAUUUACGAUAGUAAUAAUGGAUCCUUAAUCAAUGAAUUCGAAUCUGCGUCCAUAAUGUCUUUGACUUGGUCAGCAUUGAAUCAAUCAUUAGAUAAUGAAGAAUUAUUUCACAUCGAUAUACUAAGUAACUUACCACAAUUAUCCAAUUUCACCAAUUUCAAUGAUUUAACGUAUAUUUUAACCACUUCCAAUGAUUCAAUUUCCUUUAUCUUCAAUAAUCUCGUUCAAUUCAAACUUCCCACCAAUUUCAAGCUCACUAACCAUACAAAUUUCGAUUUAUUCCAUCACCUUUUCAUAAAUGAUAAGAACCAAUUAAUAAAGUUCGAGAUAUCCUUCAAUAAGCAUAUAGUAGACAUUAUACUCAUCUUCUGUAAGAUCAAAUUGAUUAUGAACAAUUUCCAAGCAGAUUUAUCCCAGAUUGUUAAGAGUUUCCUGUCUUUUUUGACAUUAUUCGAUAGAUAUAUGGGCAAUUAUUUCGACAAUUUGGGUAUAGAGUGUAAUGAAGGGGAUAGCUAUAAGACAGUCAUCGGUAGUCUUCAAAAUAUCUUAUUAACUCAUUUAAUACCUAAAAAGUUGAAUGAUUAUUUCCUAAAUCAGUUUGGUGAAAGAGGUUUGAAACGUCUUUCUAAAGAAGGUAAUGAUACUUAUGAUAACAUCAAGGAUACAGUAUUCAAGAAUAUCAUUCAAAACUUUGAAAAGUUGGUUAUAGUACUUAAUAAUCUUCGAGGAAUCAUCCAUUGGUGUGGUAUUAAUGGUACCGAUUUCGGUAUUUCCAUUCAAGAUAUUGAUACUAUUUUGACCACCAUCAAACAACAAAUUAAACAUUUCUACCAACUCAUUUGGAAUAGUAAUGAAGAACAGAAACUCUUCAAUAAGUUUUUGAAUUGGUUUAAAUUCCUCAUUGAGUGUUUGGUGAAGGAGAAUAACGAUGAAGAAAUCAAAAUCAUUCCAAAUUUACAUAAUUCUGAUCUUCUUAGUUACUUUAAUAAUUAUUUAUUCCACUCCAAGGUCAAUGAUUUCUUGAAAUUUGAUGCAGAUUUGGAUAUUCUAAGAAUUGACAAUACUCAAGAUUUGUUGAAUGAGUGCAAAUUAUUGGACAACAGUAUAUCUGAAGGCAUUUUCACUCCAUUUGAAGGUUUCUUUGUUAAAAGUUCUAUAUUCAAUGAUGCUGUGGAUUUGAAUUUAAGUGAUUGUCAAAUUUUCAACAUUAAGAAUAAUGCAUUCCUAUUUUCUACUGAAAAUCAUCAAUUAUCCAUCAUUAACGUCAGUACAAUGGAUAAAAAAACCUUAAAGUUCGAUAAGAUCAUCAAUUAUCAGAUAUUCAACGAAUUUUUAAUCAUUUUGCAUCAAUCGCAAAAGACUUACAUGGAGAAGUUUUCAAUUGAACAGAUCUUCAACGGAGAUUUGAAAUCUUUAGAGGUGAAAGAGAUUGAUUCAGAUAAACCUCAACUUCUUGUGGUUAACGAAGUUAGAAGUUCAGGUUGUUUAUUUGAAGGUAAUAGAAAAGAUUAUAGUUUAAUCAAAUUGUGA